AUGUUCACGCAUAAAAAUCCAUUUACCAUCUCAAUUUCCAAUGAGAUGCUAACGAGUCUUCGCUCUAAACUUGAACUGGCUACAUUUCCUGACGAACUGGACGAUGCUGAUUGGAAUUAUGGUGUACCUAUGGCUCACAUCAUUAGAUUGGUGGCCAGGUGGAAAGGCGGAUACGACUGGCGCAAGUACGAAAAAGAAUUGAAUGAAGAGCUUCCGAUGUUCACGAAGGAUAUCGAUGUUGACGAUUUUGGAACAUUGAACAUACAUUACGUUCACCAGAAGGGUGAAGCAGUGGGUUCUGUACCACUACUAUUCGUUCAUGGAUGGCCAGGAAGUUUCUUAGAAGUUCGCAAAAUCCUCCCCCUUUUGACACGAGGUUCACCACAACAUCCCAACUUUCAUGUUGUUGCUUUGAGUUUGCCAGGAUUUGGCUUCUCAGAUGCCCCGCGAAAGCAAGGUUUUUCGAGCGUCCAGUAUGCAGAGGUUGCUAACAAGCUGAUGCUUGCCCUCGGAUACACUGAAUAUGGAGGCGAUUGGGGAUUCUGGGUAACUCGUAAAAUAGCAAAUUUGUAUGGUGGCAUGAAUAGCAAAGCAUGGCAUACCAACUUUCCUAUCGGGGAGCCUCCGCGUUUAACGAGCAACCCUUUCGCGUUCAUAUCACACCUUCUCACACCAUACACCGGAGCUGAGAAAGCUGGGCUCGCUCGUACAACCUGGUUUCGUACCCAAGGGAGGGGUUAUUUCGCUUUGCAAAGUACUCAACCCCAGACCCUUGGUUACGCACUUGCCGAUAGUCCAGUGGCGUUACUAGCUUGGAUAUCCGAGAAACUGGUCCUAUGGUCUGAUGAUUACGGAUGGGAUGAUGACGAAGUUUUAACAUGGAUAUCGACCUAUUGGUUCUCUCGUGCUGGUCCUGCUGCCUCCUUGCGCAUAUACUUCGAAGUGACCCAGAACAAUGAGCGAACCUUUGCCGGACAGGCCCCUAACAUCCCAAUGGGUAUUUCUUACUUUCCUAAAGAGUUGUUCCUUCCACCCAGAGCAUGGACUCGCGGGUCAGGGAGGGUGGUAUUUGAAUCGGAACAUGAAGAUGGAGGACAUUUUGCUGCUUACGAGAAACCACGAGAACUAGUUGAUGACAUACGGAAGAUGUUUCAGAAAGGAGGGCCUGCCUAUGGUUUGGUAUCGGGGAGCACAGGGUAUGAUUAGAGCUUACGACCCGUUACUUCAGGAAGUUCCAGACGACCUUUCAUUAUACACGUAUAACCUUUGUUUCUGCAAUAUCCAAAGACUAAGGCAGGAAAUUAGCAAUGCAAUAUAUUCACCCCUUUCGGUUGGCCAUUG